AAGGGAGGGAGCACGAAGGGGAGGCACUGAAACACCGGUAGGGAUUGUAAACGCAGCUGCACCUCCGAGGCAUUGGCUGCAGACUUAAAACAUUUAUCCCCACGAUCGCCGGGUGGUUUCCUCUGUGAUUCGGUACACGGCAGGAGGAAAUGUCUAACGGCAGCUGGAAGCCCUUUGUGUUCGGCGGGCUGGCUUCUGUGACGGCGGAAUGCGGGACCUUCCCAAUCGACCUAGCGAAGACACGUCUUCAAGUCCAAGGCCAAGUAGGCAGCAAAUACCGAGAGAUCCGGUACAGAGGCAUGCUCCAUGCGAUAGUGAGGAUAGCAAGAGAGGAGGGGCCCCGGGCUCUGUAUUCAGGACUAGCUCCUGCUAUGCUGCGCCAGGCCUCCUAUGGGACUAUAAAAAUUGGCACAUAUCAGAGUUUAAAGCGGCUGCUGGUUGACAGACCGGAGGAUGAGACAUUGCUGACUAAUGUGGUGUGUGGGGUUCUCGCUGGAGUCGUCUCCUCCACCAUUGCUAACCCCACUGAUGUGCUAAAGAUCCGCAUGCAGGCGCAGGGCCGCCUGAUCCAGGGAAGCAUGAUGGGCAACUUCCUCAAUAUCUACCAGCAGGAGGGAACGAAAGGACUGUGGAAGGGCGUCUCUCUAACGGCUCAACGAGCGGCCAUCGUGGUUGGAGUGGAGCUCCCGGUCUAUGACAUCACCAAGAAGCAUCUGAUCCUGUCGGGGCACAUGGGGGACAACGUGUACACACACUUUGUCUCCAGCUUUACGUGCGGCUUGGCGGGAGCUCUGGCCUCCAACCCAGUGGACGUAGUUCGGACACGCAUAAUGAACCAGAGAGGAGUGUUUCUGUACCAGGGGACACUGGCGUGUAUACUGCAGCUCAUUGCAUAA